GCUACCCAGUACGACACACAAACGAUGUCCUUACCCAAGCGAAUCAUCAAGGAGACCGAGCGGCUUGUCGCUGACCCUGCGCCCGGCAUCACUGCCGCCCCGCACGAGGACAACCUCCGAUACUUUGAUGUCACCAUUCAAGGACCUGACGGAAGCCCCUUCCAGAACGGCGUGUUCACGCUCGAGCUGUUCCUUCCAGAAGAGUAUCCGAUGGCACCGCCAAAGGUGCGCUUCCUGACGAAGAUCUACCACCCUAAUAUCGACAAACUCGGUCGCAUCUGUCUAGACAUUCUCAAAGACAAGUGGAGCCCCGCGUUGCAGAUCCGGACAGUACUACUCUCGAUACAAGCCCUACUCAGCGCGCCGAACCCGGACGACCCGCUUGCGACCGAUGUUGCGAAGCACUACAAGGAGAACGAGGCCGAUGCCCAGCGUGUCUCGCGCGAGUGGACCGAGAAGUACGCUCACGCCUAAGACCUCGCCGCUCUUUCUCCCUAUCGCAGUCUCUCGCAUCGAGCGGGUUGCUAGCAUUGAAGAAGAGAUGAUGUACAGAAUAACAGAGAGGGGCUAUAGGUGAUAGAGGUGCGAGAUUGGGUUAUACGCCAUCGUGUGAAGGUGUAGCCAAUGGGUAUGUACGCUUCUGCGAGUAUUGACUGUUCUUUCUGUAUCCUCCACUGUCCUUCCUGGACCAACGAACAAGAAACGAUCAUCUUACGACUAUCAC